AUAAACAAGAGAAUGUCUCUACCUGACAACAUAUAAACAGACUUGUACGGCGCCACAACAAACACCUACAGAGGGGUUCUGCCUGUAAGAAAUUAAAUUCUGUGAUUAUCCUCACCACCAUAAUGUCAGACAGAAGCACACAACUAAAGAAUUCCAUCAACCAGAAACUUGUUGAAACGGGAGAAAAGGAAAGAUUGAAGGAUAUGCUCAGACAGAGACUUACUGAAUGUGGCUGGAGAGAUGAACUUAAAGAACAUGCAAAGGAGAUAGUGCGUGAGAGAGGAUUACAGCAAAUAACAGUUGAUGACUUGGUGAAGGAAAUCACACCACAAGGCAGACAAUUGGUACCCGAAGCAGUGAAGCGUGAACUCCUGGCAGAAAUAAAAAAGUUCCUAUCUUCCCAGACCCAGUGACCAGGUGUAAGCUAUUGGUGUUUAGAUUACAUUUGGUUUGGAAAACAAAACCGUGUUCAUCUUAUCAAACGAAUGCCAUUUAUGUACUCUAUUGCACAGAAGGAAAUGCUAUUUGUAAAGUUACAGAGGCAGAUAUAGGACCUCUAUAUUUACCUAUAUUUUGAAAUUUGGGGUUUUCAUUUCAGAGAUUAACUUCUUGCCAGUCUCACUUAUUGUUGUAUGGUCAUUCACACUGAGUGUACAACAACACACAGUAUUUGUAAAUCAGUUUUAAUAAUUAUUGAUGUAAAAUCAUUAUUUCACUGCUCUUUUGAGGUAAAAUUUCAUAAAUUAUUUAAUUUUUGUUUACAGUACUGUACUUUUGUCUUUUAUUCACUCAUUAAAUUACUUGUUACGGUUUCUUUCAGUGUUAUUCUCUUCCAUUGUACUUAUAUGAAUCUCAGGCAAAACCAGAAGUAUACAGUAUAAACUAAAUGUAUUGAGGUACCCCUAGGAUAUGAUGCAUUAUACCUACAUGUGUUUGAUAUGACCAAAUAUUUUUUAACGGAACAUUUGGACUGUACUACAAAUAUGUAAAAUAAUCAUGAAUUUUUUUAGUACCUUAUACAGUACAGUAUUUACUUUUUUGUCUUAUGGGUCAACAAGUGACCUGUGAGAUACUUCUAAUAGAUCUCCCUAUGGUUCAGUCUGUCAUGGUUAGGGAGUAUGACAUAUUCUAGCAGCAGGCUACUUAGUUAUAUAAGACCAUUGUAAAUGUUACGCCACCGUGGGAAGAAUAUCUUCUUUUUGUUCAAGCUCUGAAUGCGACGUUAUAAUUUUUAUAAUAUUUUUCUAAGCAGUCAAUUUUAUGCACAUAUGAGGUAGGGGGUCUAAGAGUGUGUGAGCAGUUUAAAGGUUAAUUGCUUAUAACUUGUGGGGAUACACUGCCCAUAAUACUAAUGAUUAAAGCCUCAUUUUUUUUUAAAUUUUUCCAUCUAUUUGGUAAACAAUACUUGGAAAAUCUUUUUAGUAGUUAUUCACUACUGGUCUUACUGGAGGUGAUCAAACAUGCAUUUUUAUUAGUUCUGUAUGUGACCAGAUAUUGGUUUCCCACAGGCCCAAGCUCACCUGACUGCAUGGAAACCUUGCAUUUGUUUCAAUUUAAUCCUUGCAUUUGUUUCACUUUAAACCUUGCAUUUGUUUAAAUUUCCAUAUUACAGUAUUUCUAUUAUAGUUUAUUAUUAUGAUUAUUACAGCUGCACGUGGCUCUUAUGAUUUUGAUGAUGUGUGUUUUAGCCCUCAUUUUAAUUGACAUUAGACAAAUAAAAUAUCAAAAGUGACGUCCCCAUAGCGAAGGGGUUAGUGGUGAUUCAAUAAACCCUUGAUAACUUGGAAUAUAUGGGGUUCUCACUAUUCUGAGUUAAGAAGGCACUUUCCUCCGUCCUUUGUCUCACCCCAAUGCCCAACAUUUUGGCCAAAAUAAUCUACCAUAAUCAGAAAAUUUCACAAAAUUUAACACUUACUAGCACUGCAGGCAAAGGAUGAGGAUAAUUCAAGCUUGUAGUGCCAUGUGGUAGGUGUUAGAGGUGAUGGGGGUGGGGCUCACUGCACUACAGUAUACUGUAUGCAGUAAGCACUCACAGCACCAAAUUUACCAGAGAAUGCUUGGGGGGUGUUCCCUGAACCAGUGCUCAAGAGAGGACGCCGCCAAAGUUAGCUCUCAGUAUUGUAGAUACAUUGGUUCAGCAAAAUAAUGUAGCCUACUACUAGAAUAUGUCAAGUCCCCCAGGCCAUAGCAAGUUCUGCCAGGGAGUGGUGUUCUGAUGUUGAUGUCACACAGGACUCUUAUUUUCCCCUUGCUUAUUGCAUAGGAUUCCAUGAGUUUGAUGUCCAUUUUUUUAUUUUUGGUGUGACAUAUAUCGUAAGUUGGCUGGAAGCAAAUGAAUAUGACUUAAUUGAACCCACUGAGAUGGACAAGAAGUGAUAUAAGAAAUGAAAACUUUUAAGUCACAACUGUAAACAUGAGAUAUAAAUAAGGAGUUUAUUA